AUGUCGAAGGGCCGCGUCGGCUGCAAUUUCGUCACCUCGACCGCCGAGCGUGCGGCGCAGAAUUUCGGGCUCGAUGCGCAUCUCGAGCACGAUCUGCGCUACGAGAUGGCUGACGAGUUCGUGGACCUCGUGACGAAGCUCUGGACGUCGUGGGAUGCCGAUGCGGUCGUUGCCGACCGGGAGGCCGGCAUGUUCGUCGAUCCCGCGAAGGUCCGCGCCAUCGACUUCAAGGGACGGUUUUUCUCGUCCCGAGGCCCGCUCAACACCGCGCAGCCGCCGCAGGGACGGCCGGUACUCGUCCAGGCCGGAGGCUCGCCGCAGGGCAAGGCCUUCGCCGCCGCGGCACAUGGAUGUCGUGGUCGCGGCGCUGGGCACGGUCGCGGAAAUGAAGACGUUUCGCGACGACAUGCGCAAGCGUGUCGCGGCGGAGGGACGGGACCCCGACAGCUGCAAGGUGCUGUUCGUCGUGUCGCCGACGCUGGGCGAAACCAACGUCGAGGCGGAGGAUCGCGCGGCGCGUCUGCCCGGCAUCCCCCAGGACGCUUCGGGCGUUACCCGGUCAUGCCCUCGACCGUCAUCCGCUCCUAUCGAUACGACCGCCGGCGGCAGGCGCUGGACAUCGUCUUCCAGUCGCGCCGCCGCUAUACCUAUCUCGGCGUUCCCGAAGAGACCUACGACGCGAUGAAGGCGGCUUUCUCCAAGGGUGAAUUCUUCAACCGCCACAUCCGUGACCACUUUACCUUCGAGCGCAACGGCGAAGAAGCGGUGGCUGGCCUUUCCUGA